UGACGUGUAACAUAACAUAAUUGGUUGAAACAGGUCGCAGGAAGUGUGAGUUGAGAUCUAAAAACGGGAACUACUCUCACCCAUCUUCGAACAACACUGAGAUUUAAAUACACUCUAUUUUUAGAAUUAGAAUAUUUCAACUUCUCUAACAUUUCAUUUCAGUGUUAGGGUUACAGUAUCGUGACACACAGAAAUAGAAAUAUGGGAGAACCAAGGCGAAUCCCUCUAGGAAUCUUUGCAGUUCUAUUAUUCGUCAUUUCUACCGCAUCGUUACAGCUUCUUCGUGCUUCCGAUGACGCGAUCUUCUAUGACUCAUUUGAUGAAGCUUUUGAUGGCCGUUGGAUUGUCUCUGAGAAGGAUGAAUACAACGGUGUCUGGAAGCAUGCCAAAAGUGAGGGGCAUGAUGAUUAUGGGCUUCUUGUUAGUGAGAAAGCAAGGAAAUAUGCUAUUGUUAAAGAACUUGAUGAACCUGCGAAUCUUAAGGAUGAAACAGCUGUUCUUCAGUUUGAGACUCGCCUUCAGAAUGGCCUUGAAUGUGGUGGUGCAUAUCUAAAAUAUCUUCGCCCACAGGAGGCUGGUUGGAAACCCAAGGAGUUUGACAAUGAUUCUCCAUAUUCUAUUAUGUUUGGUCCUGACAAGUGUGGGGCCACAAACAAGGUGCAUUUCAUUUUCAAGCACAAGAAUCCCAAGAGUGGAGAGUAUGUCGAACACCAUCUCAAGUAUCCCCCAUCUGUUCCUUCUGAUAAAUUAUCUCAUGUGUACACUGCUAUUUUAAAACCAGACAAUGAGUUGCAAAUUUUGAUUGAUGGGGAACAGAAGAAAAAGGCAAAUUUCUUAUCUUCUGAGGAUUUCGAGCCUUCCCUUAUCCCUGCCAAGACAAUCCCGGAUCCUGAUGAUAAGAAACCUGAGGACUGGGACGAGAGAGAGAAAAUUCCAGACCCAGAUGCAGCAAAGCCAGAAGACUGGGAUGAGGAUGCACCCUUAGAAAUUGUUGAUGAAGAAGCUGAAAAACCUGAAGGAUGGUUGGAUGAUGAGCCUGAGGAGAUAGACGACCCAGAAGCUACAAAACCAGAAGAUUGGGAUGAUGAGGAGGAUGGUGAAUGGGAAGCACCAAAGAUUAGUAACCCAAAGUGUGAAACAGCCCCUGGUUGUGGUGAGUGGAAGAGGCCAAUGAAAAAGAAUCCAGAAUAUAAGGGAAAAUGGCAUGCCCCUCUUAUUGAGAAUCCAGCUUAUAAGGGUAUAUGGAAGCCUCAGGAUAUUCCAAACCCUGACUACUUUGAACUCAAAAAACCUGAUUUUGAACCUAUUGCUGCUAUUGGUAUUGAGAUAUGGACAAUGCAGGAUGGCAUAUUGUUUGACAAUAUUUUGAUAGCUAAAGAUGACAAGAUUGCAGCAUCAUACCGUGAAACUACAUGGAAGCCCAAGUUUACUAUUGAGAAAGAAAAACAGAAGGAAGAAGAGUUGGAGACUGAAUCAAGUGGUCUUGCAAGCUUGCAGAAGAAGGUAUUUGAACUGUUAUACAAGAUUGCAGACAUUCCAUUCCUGAGUGCCUACAAGCUUAAAUUAUAUGAUCUCAUUGAAAAGGGUGAAAAGCAACCGAAUCUCACUAUUGGAAUUCUUGUAUCCGUUGUGGUUGUUUUCUUGACAAUUUUCCUCAGGAUCGUUUUUGGUGGGAAGAAAAAACCAACAAGAGUGGAGAAGACAAACACACAAGCCCCAAAAACUUCCACUGACCAAGGCAGUGAAGAGAAUGAGGAAAACAAAGAGGAGGAGACAUCCAAGACGGCUCCACGACGGAGGGUAAAGCGAGAGAAUUGAAAUGAUUUAAACCAGACAGGGGCGGCUGAACAAGAUCACCACCAGUGUCACACAAAUUUUGAGCUUAGUUGCAGAUUAUGUUAAUUCCAUUAUUCAGUAGCACUUUGUUUGCAAUUUUCUCCUUCACUUUUUGAAUAUCUAUGCAUGCAUAAGUAGUGUAGAUCAGAUAUUCUGCGUAGUGCUGGUCACUUUGGAGACUUGAGUUUUUAAAACUAAUUCAGGUUGUACAAUUAUUAUUCUUUUUCUUUUUAGUUAUGGUGCACAGUAAUCAAAUCGCCAAAUAACAUUCCCACGGUUAA